AUGGCAAGCAUCAUCUACCUCACAAUUGAGCAGUCGUAUUUAUCUUCCAGCGAUCCAAGAUAUUGCAGCAGCAGGAUAGUCGGACCAGAACAAGAACGGGAACCCUCUAACCGAACAGAUGCGUUUCUUCGCAGAACCUAUGUGAGCAAGCAGCGCAUCAGCCCAAUUCCGAGCUCCUCUGAGAACCCACUCCUAGCAUUCGAUCCAGGCCACAUCACGUUCAUCCUGGACCCAACUCCCCCCGUAAUGCUAGUAGCAUGUCUCGCUCUCGGCUGCGCCAUCUCCUCCUUCGCAUACCGCAGACAGGACCACGACAGGUACCAGGCCCCGCUCUUCAUCCUCGCCAUCACGGCAGCGACGUUUUCCGGACUAGCGCUAGAUGUUAAUAGCGAUAUUAUCAUGCUGGGUCUUAUUCCGUGGGCCGUGUGCGCAGCGAUGGCUGCAAGUACAGGGCUGCAUUGGUUUCUGCGCUCGUUUUCUGAUCGAGUGCGGAAAUGUAGUACGACGGUGUAUUGCUGUGGGCUUGGUGAGAAGGUGGGUUUUGGGGGAGAAGAAGUAUGA